AUGGCAGACAAUUGGAAGCACGCUGGUCUCCGCAAGCGAGAGGCAAUCCAAGCCUUGAUACCACCAGAAUGGCUCCUUCCGUCUCCCCCAGCACCACUGGAGGCAGUUGACCUGACAGAUGGAGUUAUCCAACGAUAUCUCUCACCGAGAGAAGUGACAAUCACUGAGACGGGCGCUCUCGCGUUGCUUCAGAAGCUCUCCACCGGCGAAUGGAGUUCCAGAGAGGUGACCCGAGCGUUCUGUCAUCGCGCCGCAUUAGCCCACCAAAUGAUAUCCUGUCUGCAUGAGAUCUUCUUUGAAGCGGCACUCCAAGAUGCGGAACAAUGCGAUAGGUAUCUCGCCCGACACGGUAGACCAAUUGGUCCUCUCCAUGGCCUCCCAGUCAGUCUGAAAGACGUUGUGCACGUCAAAGACGUCGCAACCAGCAUGGGCUUUUUGGGCUGGCUGGAUCAUACAUAUGCCAGUGACGACGAAAGUGAAAUCGUCAAGAUAUUGCGGUCUCUCGGAGCAGUAUUGUAUGUCAAAUCAGCCGUCCCUACCGGCUCCUUCACCGGCGAGACAUUCAACAGUAUCAUAGGGUAUGUUCCCAACCCCAGGAAUCGGUUUCUCACCGUCGGCGGCAGCUCAGGCGGCGAAGGGGGUCUUCUAGCGCUGAAAGGAAGCCCGCUUGGCAUCGGGACGGAUAUUGGGGGCUCGGUGCGCGUACCGGCAGUAUGGAAUGGGCUGUACGGUUUGCGGCCGUCGACUGGACGGAUCCCUCUCAGAGGGGUUGCAUCAGUCGUGGACGGGCAGUUUAUGAUUCCGUUCGUUGUCGGGUUCAUGGCGCCCUCGCCUGAAGUAUUGACUUUUGCCACCAGGAGCGUGCUUGAUGCUCAGCCCUGGGUGCGGGAUCCUGCGGUUGUUCCUAUGCCGUGGCGGGCGGAUCUUCACAGCGAGGCCCUACAGAGGGCGAAGGGACUGUCUGAGCCGAUGUGCUUCGGGGUGAUGAUGAGUGAUGGCCAUGUCAAUCCGCAGCCGCCUGUGUGUCGCGCCAUGGAGACUGUAAUUGGGAUCAUAAAGGCUCUUGGACAUACGAGAAAAACGGUCUCCACCGAUGGUGGCAAAGCAUUCCAUGACGCUCUUGGUUCUUCUGGUGAACCUUCGAAUCGGGUGGACCUCGAUCUUUGUGGACCUCCCCGUACCUCUAGUACAGUCUUUGGGCUAAAGGCAGGUCGACAAGCCAAUGCAACAGAGAUAAAUGGAAUCAAUCUCGAAGUCCAAAAGUAUCGAACGGCCUACCUUGAAUACUGGCAUAGCACUGCAGUGAUCACUGGAACAGGACGGGCGGUUGAUGCACUAAUCAUGCCGGUCUCACCGGGAUCCGCCCCAGAGCCAGGGAAAGUGCGAUACUUUGGUUAUACGACUGUUGUCAAUGUUCUUGACUACACCUCCUGUGCGGUUCCCGUUGGCACUGUCGAUAAAGCGGUAGAUCAGUACCCGGAUGAGCUGUAUGAACCGCUAAAUGAUCUCGAUCGCCUCGUCCAUGACGACUACAACGCCGAGGCGUAUCAUGGUGCACCAGUUGGGGCUCAGAUCGUCGGACAGAGACUGGAAGAGGAGAAGGUGCUGGCGCUGGCUGAGGCAAUAGGGGAUGAGUUGCACAAAAGGACAGGUUGCUUGCAUCUUGGUUCUAAACUAUAA